AUGUCCUCAGAAAACGAGUCGUCUUCCAACGCAACUAGACCUACUGUUCAAUCCAAUGUCCAGCCUACGGGAAAAGCAACCAACGUCAAGCUUGUCUUGUUAGGUGAAUCGGGCGUGGGCAAAUCCAGCUUAGUACAUCGCUUUGUCAACCGCGACUAUGAAGCGAAUCGUGAACCAACAAUUGGAGCUGCGUUCUUGACACAACGAUGUCACUUGGAGGAUAGAGUAAUCAAGUUCGAAAUCUGGGAUACGGCAGGUCAAGAGCGUUUCCACUCGCUUGCUCCCAUGUAUUAUCGCAAUGCCCAAGCAGCUAUUAUUGUGUAUGAUGUAACCAAGGCGUCGACACUCGAGAAAGCCAAGUCAUGGGUCAAAGAAUUGCAACGACAAGCGAAUUCGAGCAUUGUUAUCGCUUUAGCUGGCAACAAGUUGGAUUUGGUAGAGGCUGAAGGUGACGAUGAUGAUAGCGAUGAAAAUGAACGUCAAGUCGCUGAAGAGGAUGCCCGAGCCUAUGCCGAUGAAGCAGGUCUUGUCUUUAUGGAAACAAGUGCAAAGACAAGCAAGAAUGUAGAUGUCAUGUUCACCGAAAUCGCCAAAAAGAUCCCCCAUGAACACCUCAUCUCAGCAAACCGUAACGAUGGUCGUGGUAUUCGAGGAGCUCACGGCAAUGUUGAUUUGAUGCAACCAGCUUCCGAAAAUCGAUCCUCCAGCCAAUGUGCCUGUUAG